GCCAUGCUGUCCUGUUUCUGGCUCCUCUCCAAGCACACUCGCCCUUCGCUGGCGUCCUUGCGCAGUGCGCGCCGUGGCGUCCCGCUCCCGCCCCGCUGGGCGCCCGGGCUUCCCCCCGGCCCCCGGCUGGCCGCCCCCCGCCGCCCGCUGGCCGCAGCCUCCCCCCAGGGCCGCACCCCCGCCCGGGUGCGCCAGAACUUCCACCCGGACUCCGAGGCUGCCAUCAACCGCCAGAUCAACCUCGAGCUCCACGCGUCCUACGUGUACCUGUCCAUGGCCUAUUACUUCUCCCGAGAUGACGUGGCCUUGAACAACUUCUCCAGGUAUUUCCUCCGCCAGUCCCGGGAGGAGACAGAGCACGCAGAGAAGCUGAUGAGGCUGCAGAACCAGCGAGGAGGCCGGAUCUGCCUGCAGGACAUCAAGAGGCCGGACCGGGACGACUGGGAAAACGGGCUGCAUGCCAUGGAGUGUGCUCUGCUCCUAGAAAAGAACGUGAACCAGUCGUUGCUGGAAUUGCACACUCUGGCCUCAGACAAAUGUGAUCCCCAUUUGUGCGACUUCCUGGAAACCCACUACCUGAAUGAGCAGGUGAAGUCUAUCAAAGAGCUAGGUGACCAUGUGCACAACCUAGUUAAGAUGGGGGCCCCGGAUUCUGGCCUGGCCGAGUACCUUUUUGACAAACAUACUCUUGGAAAUGAAAGUAAGCAGAAAUAAGCUGCAGGCUGCCCUUCCCCACAGGCUACCCAGUGCAUCCCAAGACCAAGAGUCUCCUGCUUUCUUGCUCUUAAAAUUCACCUAUAUCUUUAUACUCAUCUCCUGUUCCUCCAAUAAAGCGAUUUGU